AUGAACAGUUAUAUAGAAGACAUGCGAGAACCAAGUGCGUCGAGGAGCCAAUACAUGAAGCAAGGAUUUGAAAUCUCCGAUUUACCGUUACGGAAGGAACACCGACGAACCUGUAAUGAGGAUAGGACCGAGGAACGAACCGUCGUCAUCGCACCGCCUACAGGAACUCAACCAAGCCGUUGGAUUGUUUGGAAAUGGGUCUACGACUGA